AUGCAGCAGAACCAGGAGCACAGGAUGGACCCCCAGGAGCUGGCGGCCCAGAGGCUCAGUCUGUCCAGGAGGAGGCGGGGGUCUUCGGACCCCGAGGCCCCGGGGCCCCUGCUCUACACGGGGGGGUUCAGCGGGGCCCUGAAGCUGUCCCCCCCCGCCGUGCCCCCCGGCCUGCUGCGGGCGGGGGCAAAGGUCACCGACAGCCCCGGGAUGGGCAAGGUCAAGGUGAUGGUCCGUCUCUGCUCGGUGCCGGGCGAGGCCCCGGACCCCACGUCCUACCUGAAGGUGGACGUCCGCAAGAAGCAGCUGACCCUGUGUGAGACGGGGGGCCCCAGCCAGCCGGGGGGCCCGGGCCAGCCCAGGGAGCCCCCUGCCAGGCGCGCCACCACCCCUGCUCCAAAGACGUUCGCCUUCGAUGCCGUCUUCUCCCAGGAUGCGUCGCAGGCCGAGGUGUGUUCGGGGAGCGUUGCCGAGGUCAUCCAGUCGGUGGUGAACGGCGCCGACGGCUGCAUCUUCUGCUUCGGACACGCAAACCUGGGUAAGACCUACACCCUGAUUGGCCGGGACUGCUCCACCCAGAGCCUGGGCGUGGCCCCCACAGCCAUCUCCUGGCUGUUCAGGGUGAUGGAGGAGCGGAGGGAGAAGGCCGGAGGCCGGUUCUCCGUCUCCGUGUCGGCGGUGGAGAUCUCCGGCCGGGAGGAGACGCUGAGCGACCUCCUGGCUCACUGCUACUCCUCCUCCUCCUCCUCUUCCUCCUCCUCCUCCUCGGAGCACCUCCUCCCCCACGAGGAGCAGCGCAGGCCAGGGGUGGUCCUCCAGGAAGACCCCCUCUGCGGCUCCAAGCUCCAGAACCAGCGGGAGCUGCUCUCCUCCUCGGCGGAGCAGGCCGCCUUCUUCCUGGACGCGGCGCUGGCGGCCCGCAGCUCCAGCAGGGGGCGCUGCGACGAGGCCACCCGCAGGAACGCCCACUUCCUGUUCACCCUCACCGUGCACCAGCAGCGGCCGGAGAAGAGCGCCAAGACCGCAGUGACUGCAGGUCGGAGUCGUCUUCACCUCCUGGACCUGGGGAGCUGUGAGAGCUGAGGAGGAGGAGGAGGAGGAGGAGGAGGAACUCAGUGUCUGUCUCUGUCCGCGCUGGGGAAUGUGAUCCUGGCUCUGGUCAACGGGGCCAAACACGUCCCCUACAGGGACAGCAAGCUGACCAUGCUGCUGAGGGAGUCUCUGGGGAACAUCAACUGUCGGACAACCAUGAUCGCCCACGUGUCGGCCCACCGGCGCCACCACCUGGAGACGCUGGGCACCCUGCAGCUGGCCUCACGGCUUCACCGCGUCAGGAAGAACAAGGCCCGGUACGCCUCCAGCUCCUCGGGGGGGGACAGCUCCUGUGAGGAGGAGCGCCCCCAGCGGGGGGGGGCCCUCAGACCCCUGCACCCCCGGUCCCGGACCAUGGCCCUGGACCCGGAGGGCCCCGCGCGGGCCCCCAGCGACCCGGACUACUCCUCCAGCAGCGAGCAGUCCUGCGACACCGUCAUCUAUGUGGGGCCCGGCGGGGGGGCCCUCAGCGACCGGGAGCUCAGCGACCACGAGGGGCCCCCGGCCUUCAUCCCCAUCGUCCCCUCCCUGGUGAGGAGGCGGGCCCCGCCCCUCAGGGCCCCCCCCCGCGGGGGCAGCCGGCUCCGCUGCGACACCUUCGCCGAGCUGCAGGAGCGGCUGGACUGCAUCGACGGCAGUGAGGGCCCCCCCGGCCUGGCCCCCGAGGGCCCCCCCGGCCUGGCCCCCGAGGGCCCCCCCGCCACCCCCCCCCAGGGCCUGGUCGCUGCUAAACCCCCUGACACUGUGCCAACCCCAACCUCGGACCGGCCCCCCGGGGCCCGGGAGGGGGUCUUGUCCCGGGAGGGGGUCUCGUCCCGGGAGGGGGUCUCGGCCCGGGAGGGGGUCUCGGCCCGGGAGGGGGUCUCGGCCCGGUCCGCCCCUCCCGAGGUGGUGGUCCGGGAGAAGCUCUACCUCCGAGCGACGGCCCCGAAGCCCUCCGACUCCCCCUCUCUCCCCAGGGGCCCCCAGGCCACACCGGGGCCCCUGUGGUCCGGGGGGGGGCGGGCGCCCCCUGUGGGGAUGACCCCCACGGAGCUCCACCCCGGGGGGGGGCGGGGUCUGGACCGGGACCUCUUCAGGACCACCGUGACCCUGCAGCGCCCCCUGGAGCUGAGCGGGGAGGACCAGCUGGUGUUCACCCUGGUGGAGGACCGGCCCCUCGGCCCGGGGGCCCCGGGGCCCCUCACCGGGGGCGGGGCGGGCCGCGGCUCCGUCAGCAUCAUCAGCAGCAUCAGCGACGAGUACGACGCCUACCUCACCCGGCUGGGGGCGGCGGCCUCCGGCCCGCUGCCCGCCGCGGCUCUGUGGCGCCGGGACCACGCCCAGGGCUCCCACAGCUCCCACAGCUCCCACAGCUCCCAGUACGACAGCGGGAUCGGCUUCUCCGAGCUGGAGGGCGAGCUGGAGGGCGAGCUGGGGACCGCGCCGUGUCGGACCCCCGCCCCCUCGCCCGCGGAGCCCCCCCGAGCGGCUCUCAGAGGGACCAGGGCCCGAGCCGGUUCCCUCAGCUCCCCCGCCUCCCUGACCCUCCCCCGGCGGCCCAAGCCCCUCCCCCCGGGCCCCCCGGGGCCCCCGGAGGAGGAGCGCCGGCGGGGGGCCCGGCAGUACGACCUCUGGCCGACCUCGGGCCCCGGGGAGGCGGGGCGGCGGCGGAGCGGGCCGAGCGUCGCCGGGGGUAACAGCCACAGCGUCCCGCGGCCCCCCAAGAACCACGCCCACUCCUCCUCCUCCUCCUCCCCCCAGCAGGGGGACCCCCCAGGGAGGGGGCCCCGCCUCACCCGGGGGGCCACCACCCUGGGGAUGAUGUCGGGGCCCCAGGGGUCCUCGGAGUCCGUCUGGGAGCCGGAGGGGUCUCCCGGGACGGGGGGCCGGUUCUCCUCCCUGGGGAAGCGGUCCGGCGGACACAGGACCGGCCGGGCCCCUAAAGCGGGGUCUGGGAGCCCCCCCCCCGGGGGCGUGGCCUCCUGGCGGUCCACGCUGCCCCGGGCGCUGCCGCCGGAGGCGGAGCCCCGCUCCCGGCUCCGGGACGAGCCCCCCGCGCUCAGGAUGACCUCCAGCCUCAAGACGCGCGGCGCCAAGGGGGGCGCCCUGCUGCAUUAUGGGAUGUCCCUGGAGAGGGGCGGGGGUCCGGGCUCCAGAGAGGACCUGGGGGGCCGACCGGCCUCCUCCGUGAGGCUCGGAGCUCCGCCCCCCACGGCCGCCGCCCCCAGACCGGGCGGGGCCAGGUCCUCCGGGGGCGGGGCUGGGGGCGGGGCCGGGGCCGGGUCCCGGACGCCGGCGGCCCCCGGGGGGUCAAAGAGUCGCUCGUCGUCCUCCAGCGCCUCGAGGACCCCGAGCUCCCAGGACGACGCCCCUCCCCCCGGGAAACCCCCGGGCGCCACGGCGGGGGGGCCGGGGGCGGGUGGAGGGCGGGCGGCCAACAGCCGGGUCAGCGAGCUGGCGGCGGGGAGCGGCAGGAGGCAGGCGGGGGGCGGGGAGGGGGCGGGGGGCGAGGGCGGGGGGAUCCCCUCCCCCUACAGUAAGGUGACGGCGCCGCGCCCCGCCCAGCGCCACAGCAGCGGCGUCGCCAGCGACAACAGCAGCGUGCUGAGCGGCGAGCUGCCCCCCGCCAUGGGCCGCACCGCCCUGUUCUACCACAGCGGCGGCAGCAGCGGCUACGAGAGCAUGCGGCGCGACAGCGAGACGGCGUCCUCGGCCCGCGACUCCAUGAGCGACGACGUCACAAGGAACCGCGGCCGCGUCAACAAGUCCCCCAAGAAGAGGGGCAACGGGGUCCAGCGGCGCCGCCUGAUCCCGGCCCCCCUCCCAGACUCCUCUCUGGGCCGGCGGGCAGAGGGCCAGCGGGACCGGGCCCACCAGCCCUUCGAGAUCACCGUCUACCAGAUAGACCCCCUGGACCCCCUGCAGAGGAGCCGGCAGGAGGGCCUGCAGUACUUCAACGCGAGGCUGCGUGUGGCCGAGCGGCGGCAGCAGCAGAUCGCGGCGCUGCGGUGCCGGAGGGAACGGCUCAGGGCCGAGCUGACGGAGGCCAAGGGCCUGCUGAUGGUGGCCCCCGGGAGGCGGAGCCCCGACUACGAGGCGGAGCAGCACCUGGACCAGGAGUCCCAGGAGUACCUGGAGGUCCUUCUCCGCUCCACGGACGAGCUGGAGGACGUGGUCAACGUCUGCAAGGCCCGGCUCAUGAUGGAGACAUGCUUCGACGUCUCCACGGCAACAGGAGGACUCUGA